AUUAAUACAACAUUCAGUCACAGUCAGUGCAUGGAGUGCCCGUAGCGUGGAGAAGAUCGUCAUAUCAUUCUGCCUUAAAUAAAUUAAAGAAAGAAAAAAAAAAAGAGCCGGCUCCUAUCGUUCACUUAAAAGAGCCGGUUAAAAGAGCCGACUCGUUCGCGUCCGACACAUCACUAGUUCCUUCCUCCCGACAGAAAGAGAGCGGGGAAAUUUGACAGUCUCCGAUUUUUGCUGCAAAGUAACACUAGUUUUGACUUAUUGCUUUGAUUUUGUACAUUAGAAAAAACGUGUAGUUUAUGACUGUUUUGUUUCGCGAAUCAAUAAGGAGCUUUAUUCAUUUAAAACGUUUAAACCGACCCAACAUGAGGACUUUAGAGGAGGUUCAGGCCACUCUGCAGAUCGCCAAGCUGAAGGAGGAAGAUCUGCAGACAACAGUCCACUGCCUGUCCUUUGGAGAAAACGUCUCAUCCGCAGACUACUGCCUCAUGGAGCUGGACGACACACUGUGCAAACACAUAGAGGCUGGGCAAAGUCUAGUGAUUCGAGGCGAUACAGAUGAGCGUGCGGUGCUCUGUAGCGGUGACAAGACCUACGAUCUAAAAUUAGCCGACACAUCCAACCUGCUGUUGUUUGUACCAGGAUGCAGAACACCAGACCAACUAACCAACAGCCAGGAAAGCUCUCACGUGGUGCACACUCAGAUUUGGGGAUUUUGUAACAGCUACUGGGAACUGAAGAAACAGCGUCCGAAGCUGAAGAAACUGAAGAGGAUUUUAAUGGAGAAUCCGUAUGAAGGACCUGCUUUAGGGGGGCAGGAGGAGAAUACAGAAAACAGGUACACAAUGCAGGAUCUGUUGGACAGGAUCCAGGCCAGUGAAGAGGAGCUAAAGACCCACUUAGAGACCAUCCAUGCCUGUCAGAUAGAUGGCUACUGGCGCGUGCUGGACUUUGACUACGAGAUGAAACUGCUCGGUCAUGUGAGUCAGCUGGUAGAUUCUGAGUCGUGGUCCUUCAACAAGGUUCCCCUUCACACCAGUCUGGAAGAGUUGGCUCCACUUGAGCCCAAAGAGAUGAUAGAGCACUGUUUGAACUGUUAUGGGAAACGCUACACUGAAAACGACCAAGUUUUUUAUGCACUGCAUGAGGAUAAAGUAUGUCGGGGCUUGGCACUACUGCUGCUGCAGAACUUUGUCAAGUUCAACCUGAGAGAGUUUCAGGAAGUCUGGCAACAGAGCGUCCCAGAGGGCAUGAGCACAAGACUGGACCAACUAAAGAGUUUCGCCCUGGUGGACCGCGUCUCCCGCCCAGAGACCAUCUGCCUGCUGCGGGUGGACGAUCUCCCAGAAGACACGCUGGAGCGCUUCAACCACCUCUUCACUCUGAAAGAGAAAUGGACAGAAGAUGACAUCACGCCAUACAUACAGGACCUGUGUGGAGAGAAACAGACCACCGGAGCUCUGCUGACCAAAUAUGCUCGAUCCUCAAUGCAAAAUGGGAUCAAGGUCUUCAACUCCAGGAGAACUGUGGCUACAUGAACAUGUGCACUGUCAAGGAAUUAAUUUACAUUUGAACAUUAAUGCAGUUAUGUUUAUUCCCAGAGACACUUUUUCAAUUGUUAAAUAUUAUUUUACACAUAAAUGGCUUUGUUAGCUUUGUCAACUAUCUUGCAGCAGUUUAACUAGCCAGCUUGUUAAGUGUGUGAUAAAGAAUAACAAUUUAAAAUUCAAAUGUUAAAAAGUUUUUGUCACUAAAACCAAACCAUCUUUAUUUCAGUUUUUUGUUUUGUCUGUAAAAAAUGUUGGUAAUAAAAUAAGUUUUCAUAAUGCGAUCACA